CACAACUGGUGGUAUCGGAAAUCGGCAAUGGACUCAACAACAUUUAAUCACACCUUCACCAACUGCUAGCCUAGCUUCAAGUAAUGAUACAAUGUAUGCCAUUCGAACCGUGCCGUCAAUGAUUGUAAGUCCUGUUUCAGUAUCUUCUACUGGUACUAACAAUACGACAGUGGUCUCAGCAGGUAGAUGUGCUACAUCUAUAGAAAGUCCUGAGAAACGUAUUAUCAUAGCGAGCACACAUCCCUCAAGUACUUAUAAGAUGCAAAAUAUUGGCAUCAACAACACUAACAGAACAGUGACACCUAUUAGUCAUAUUUCAAAUAAUGCCAUAGUUCCACCACAACGUUUAGCAUACAACCAUCAUCACCUCCAACCACAGCAAUCUAUUAGUAUGAUCCAAAAUCACCAGUCGCAACAAUCUCAAUGCGAUGAAACAGCUUUAGACCUUAGCGAAUGGACCAAUACACGAGUAUUAGCAAAAUUAGGCAGUUACUAUGCCUCUGGCGAAAUACGUCAACCUGCAUCUGAUGCAACAACUCCAACAAAUUCAGUUUUGGUUGAAUUUGAUGCGCCUGAAAAUUGUACGCAACUUUACACAGAAGUGUUAACAAAUGGUCGGUUUAAUGUGAUAUCGGACGCUAGUCCACCAGCUGCAGAUAUUGUGUUAGACACACGAGUCUGUGUACGCACUCAAAUGGAAGGUCGAUCUGGUUUUGUGUUUGUGGAAGGUUCAGUAACGGAUAUAAAUAUGAAUACAAAACAAAUUACAGUACAAAUUGGCAGUACAGAUACAACGCAAAUUUUAAAAACUGUUAAACGUGCAGAUUUACGUUUAUUGAGACCACCUUGGUGGGAUGAACUUAUCGAUGUGUCACUACAAACACACAUAGUUCCACCAUCAACACAAGCAACAAUUAAACCACAAACUAUUCAGGCAACACAUACACAACCGCAACGAAUUAUCGCAAAAACAUCUGCUUCGACUGGUAGUCAUAUAUUAGUCAGUGGAGACGCUAAUAUUAUUUAUGCACCUACAAAUAAAGGUCCACAUCAACUAACAUAUGUGACUGCAAGAUAUGAUGGAAAAAUUCCUGGCCACCAAACGCCUACAAAUGCUAAUACACAUAUUCAGCAUGUUGUGCCGUCAUUAGCGGCACAAAAACAAGAAGAUUAUUAUCGUACAACAGCUACUUCGCCGUUUCAAAAUUCAAAUAAUAACACGCUACAAGCAUUGGUUGUUAAUGCCAGUUCUUCAACGAGUUCAACGAAUAUUGAAAACUGUUCUGGCAAUGGAAAUGGUUCAGCACAAUCAAUUAGCAAUAGUCACAAUACCAAUUGCCUGCCAUCACAAAUACACAAGAUCUCUCAUUCACCAUCAGAUGAUAUGCAUCGAAGACAAAGAUCAUACGAUGAUUAUGAAUCGGAUGAUGAAUUAAAACGUGUUGAUAUUGGCAGUUAUGCUAUAAACGAUGCUGAUCCUGAAAAAUUAUCGGGAGGCAGUAAACGUAGUAGCAUGCAAAGUCGUGGCAGUACAUCCAGUUUAAUCGAUCAGAGGCUCACUCCAAGAUCUCAUCCAGCAACUCCAAGAUCUCAAGCGACUACACCACAUCGCUUUAAAAAGGGCGAUAUCGUACAGUCUGAAUCCGGUGUUCGCAAAAAAUUUAAUGGUAAGCAAUGGCGUCGGCUAUGUUCGUUGUGUUCAAAAGAGUCUCAACGACGUGGCUUUUGCUCACGCCAUUUAAAUCAAAAGGGAAAUACUGCAUUACGUUCUACUGGACCAAGUCGUUUCCCAAGUGAUAUAAGUAGUCGCUCUAGUAGCAAAACCCAAGUUGACGAAGAUACCUCACGUGAUUCGGAAACGUCACCCAACUAUCGUGUCACAGAUCGUUUUGAUCAGGAGGAAAGAGAUGUAGCUAAUAUGUUAGUGUCGCUGAGCAGUUCGCGGUCGGCUACACCAUCGUACUCCUCACCCGUUAAUCAUGGCACAUCUCCUAUGAACGUGAAUCAUUCUCCAGUACCUGUAUCAAAUCGACAAAACUUUUUUACACCGAUUGGUGGUGGACCAGUCGCUACUGCAGACCCACAUACAACAAAAUGGAAAAAUACACCUAGUCCAGUAUUAUAUAAUGUGGGGUUUCCACAAGUAAUACGUCCAGAGUCAGUUCGUGCUCAGGGCGCAGGUGCAACACAAACGGCCACUAUUGUCUCCUCAAUUCCGCCGCCACAAACAGCACCAGUAUCAAUGGUAGUACAUAAUCAACAUGUUCCUCCUCCUCCUACGCAGAUGAUACAACCACCACCAGCGCCCCCACCAACUCAUCAUAUCAUGACACAUCAUCAUCCACACCAACAAACUUCGCCGGGUCCACCAUUACCACCUCCUAGUGUAGUAAUGCCUUCAGCAACAAAUUCAGUUGGCCAUGCAACAAGUGUAAUACGUAUUUCACCUGCAGCUGCUACAACAAUGAACAACAUCAACUCAUCAACAACUACUGCUGUUACUGCAACUAGUACACAAUCUUUUCAUCCUGUUAUAGUGGAUGCUACACAAUUGGUACCAUUGUUGCCACAACAGCAAGCCUUGCAUUUACAACACCAACAACAAUCGAAUAUUCAAGUAGCGCAUACACAAGCCUCUUUAACUACUAAUACAGGAAACCAAAUUUCUACAUCUACUUCAGUUGGCAUAAUACCAGCUGCUCAUCAACAAACGCAACAUCAACCGCCACCAAUGCCAGAAAAACCAAUUUCAAAAAACGGAUUUAAUCCGGGGUCGAUAUACCAUUGGCACACGUUACUGCCCCAUAUAAACCAAUCUCCCGUUAAAACACAGCCAUUAACAAACUUCUCAAUUGCUGGCAUCGUACCACCAACUGUAGAUACGCCAACAAUUAACAAUACAUGCAGUCAUAAUAUUAAUAACCAUCAAAAUAAAUUGAAUUCGCUGGAAUCUCCCCCAAACCCUGUAAAUUGUGCCACAAAUGAAACAAGUAGAAACAAUAUUGCAGAAACUAUAUCGAUCACUAUACAAGAGGAAACAGACGAACAAUUAGACGAUGAUGUAUUCGAGCCCUCAAUAAAUAAUACUCCUGCUGGAAGUAUUAUACCAGCUGCUACAGUCGCUCAAGUAAAGCAAAAUCACAAACGUUCAACUAAUGAAACCUAUCGCAUGACCAACUUUAGCACAUCAUCAUCAUCUAAUGAAAAUAGUCGAAAAAUUGAUGAACGUAUAGAACGUAUAGAUAUAGAACCAACAAAUUCUAUGGGAAGUACAACUGCAACAGCAACUGCAACUGCAGCAGCUCAGGCUGCUGCUAAACGACGUUCGCAAUCGCUGAGUUCUGCUGGUGGUAUGGGUGCAACUGGGAAAGAACCAAUGAGUCCGAUUACAAAGAACAAGAUACGUAGACCUAUGAACGCUUUUAUGAUUUUUUCUAAAAAACAUCGAACAUUAGUACAUGCUAAACAUCCAAAUCAGGAUAAUCGUACUGUUAGCAAAAUAUUAGGAGAAUGGUGGUAUGCACUUAAGCCUGAAGAAAAAGCUAAAUAUCAUGAAUUAGCUAGUUCUGUCAAAGACGCUCAUUUCAAAUUGCAUCCAGACUGGAAAUGGUGCUCAAAAGACAGGCGCAAAUCAUCUAGUUCAGGAAAAAAUACGAUGUGUGAAAUAAAUGGUAAACAACGUAAUGACUCAACUGAUGGAAUGGACAUCACUGAACAAGAUCAAAAUGCAAAUAUAAUGAAUAAUAUUGAUGGUCCCUCAAUAGAUACACAAACUGAUAUCAUACCGUUAACUAUCGCAAAUUAUAUUUCUACGAUUGAUGAAAGCUCAACACCAACAGUAUGCAACGCGAAUGCAAAUGAUGUUGUUAAAAUUAAAUUGGAACCCGAAAAAGAUGACUCACAAACUGAGAAUGAAAUGUCUGUUCCUAUUGAAGAAAAUAAAAAUAAUAAUAAUAGUAGCAAUAACAACACAAGUCAGCACGAUGAUGGCAAACAAAUAGAUUUAAAAUGUCAAGAACGCGUUGCUGAUUCCGAUAUUGAGGAUGCGGCCUUUGAUUAUAGGAAACCAACUCUAGCCAGUAGUGAUUGUGUACAAAAAGAUGAUCAAAAUAAGUCUGAGAAGAAUGGAAAUGAUUUUUUUGAUAAUGCUGUCCAAACAGUCAUUUCUAGUAGUGAUCAUAUCAAUACAACAAUGACAUCAAGUAAUACUACUACGAGUAGUAGUACUGUUAACGCAGUUAAUAGUGGUAAUGAGCGCGAUAUAACGUUAAAGCCAAAGCCAAUUAAAGCAAAUCGGCAUACUAUUGAGAACAGCAUCCUUAGCUAUCAACAAAUACCGAUGUAUUCUUUCAACAGCCCCAAGAAUCCAAUUGGUGUUACACCGUUUCAACCCACAGGUGGUGCUUUUAAAACAAUGCCAAUAAGUCCAAAAAGUACAAAAGUAGAUGAAACACAACCAGCACAUAUUAAGCAUGAAGAUGCAACAAACAAUAUUAAACAGGAACCCCCGUCGCCUUAUCAACUGAACGGUAAUUGUAGCAACAUUUUUACUUUUAAUGUGCCAACAGCAACAGUUCCAAGUCAAAAACAAUCACAUCAUCAAUUUCAUCCUUAUUCUCUGAGAAGUCCCACAGAUUGUAGAGGUACUACAUCAGAUGGUCCAGCAGUACCAUCAUCUUCUGCUGCACCGGCUACAACGGGAUUAAGCUCAUCUAUAAGCAACACUGCUCUCAGUGCAAACAAUUGUGUACCAACUACACCCACAUCGGCUUCUUCGACAGCACAGAUAUUAACUACUUCAGGCAGUAUUAACAACAAUAAUGGACAAAAGCAAAUACUUUUUGCUGUUAAUAAUAUGGUACACCACCAGUACACAAUUUUACCAAUGCACCAACAACAAACAGCCCAAGCACACGCAGAAUCCGCUAGUCCUAUCAAACCUACAGCUAUUAAGUAUUUAUUGAAAAAAAGUAAUGUCCAAACUGAUGUUAAUAGUACUGGUAUAAAUAGUGGUAUACUACAACAGCCGAUACAGAAUUCUAUUAUUUUACACAAUUAUUCACAAGAAUCAACACCCCUAUCACCAAUAUAUAAAUCUCUCCCAUCAACACCAAAGUCAGCCUCUUACCAAUUAAAUGUACCAGAUUCAGCAGGUAAACGUAGUUCUGAUGGUAAUUCAUCAACUUAUGGUGGUGACGAUGAACAUGAAAUCGGAGAAGGUCAACAAUUUAUAUUAGCACCCACCCCGGCACAAUUAGGUUGUGCACCAUUACAACGCAGAAAGAAUAUGUCCGGUAGCAGUAUAGGUUCGUUAAAAAAUGAGUCUAGUUCAAACUCGUUUGCUACAAAUACAAUUAUUGGAAAUUCAAAUAAGAAAUUAAAUUCUCCCAUCAUUGAUUCUUCUUCCCCAAUAAUUGGCAAUGUAAACACAACAGCUUGCCUAACAACAGGUUUGCCAACGCCUACAUCUUCAACAGCGACUCCAAGCAGUGAUGAACAAAUGCCACUAACUCCAACAGCUGUGAUUAAUACAAAUCCCAAAUCACCUACUAAGACUGUGACAGUCAAAAAGAAAAACGAUGAUAUGGAAAAUAGUGUCCUAAAACAGGUAGACUUCGAAAAGAAAUAUCAAGCUUUGCCGCAGUUUAAACCUGAAGAUUGUCAAUCACCAAGCGCUAUUAUAGUACCCUCUUCACCUCGCGUAUACGGUACCAAUUACCGAAAAAAAAAUAUGGUUCCGCCUGUACAAAAAUUACAUAGCGAAGAUGAGUCAACCGAUGAAACAACAGUUUCAAUACCUACACCCACACAACGUUUCUUCGGUCCCGAUUUUAAUAUUGAUCAACUAAGAGAGCUAGAAAAUUCUGAUCAAACUGGACGUUCUCCACGUACACCUCAAACACCUCUGCAAAGUGCUCGCUCUGAUGCUAGUGAAAAGGGUCAUCGUAAGGUACUUGAACAACGUCGUAAAUUAGUUUUGCAAUUAUUUGAUGAACAUGGAAUGUUUCCUACAGCUCAAGCCACU